CUGUGUUUCGGUUCACACAACCUGCUCACACAGACAUGGAGAAGGAGGGUCGCCAGAGUUGGGACAGCCCGACGCAGUUUUUCCUGGCCUGUGUCUCGUAUGCCGUGGGUCUGGGGAACGUGUGGCGGUUUCCCUACCUGUGCCAGAUGUACGGAGGAGGGGGGUUCUUGAUCCCUUAUCUGAUCAUGUUGGCCGUGGAGGGUUUGCCCUUGUUUUACAUGGAGCUCGCCAUCGGUCAGAAGAUGCGUCUGGGAAGCAUCGGAGCAUGGAGUGCCAUCAGCCCUUAUUUAGGAGGCGUCGGUUUGGCAAGUGUGGUGACAUCUAUGUAUCUGUGUCUGUACUACAACAUCAUCAACGCCUGGAGCUUCUGGUAUUUCUUCCACUCUUUCCAGUCAGUCCUUCCCUGGUCCGACUGCCCGAUCAAUGUGAACCGCACAGGACCCGUGGAGGAGUGUUCACGGACCACUCCCACCGAGUACUUCUUCUACAGGGAGACUCUCAACAUUGCCUCUUCCAUUACUGUGAACGGCGGCGUUCACACUGGCCAGGUUCUGUGCCUGCUGCUGGCCUGGUUUCUUACCUUCUUGUUCAUAGCCAAAGGAGUCAAGUCAACUGGUAUUGUGGUUUACUUCACAGCUACGUUUCCUUAUCUGGUCCUGUUCAUCUACCUGAUCCGGGGCCUGACGCUGCAUGGCGCCUUAACCGGCGUCUCAUUUAUGUUCACACCAAAAUUGGAACACCUUGCCAACCCUGCCACUUGGAUCAACGCCGCCACCCAGAUCUUUUUCUCCACGGGUUUGGGCUUUGGCUCUCUCAUAGCUUUCUCCAGCUACAACGACUACCACAACAACUUCGAGCGACAGGCCAUCACCGUUUGCCUCAUCAACAGUGGAACCUCAAUCUUCGCCAGCAUCGUUACCUUCGCCAUCUACGGCUUCAAGGCCACCGUCAACUUCGAGAACUGCUUGGAGAACAUGAGGCUGACUCUGCUGAACGCCUUCAGCCUGCCAGAGGACGCCAUCGACAUCGACAACGUCUGGGACUGGGUCACCAAGCUCAACACCUCAUACCCUGAGCAGUUUGCUCAACUGGGGAUCAACCCUGACGACUGUAACCUGGAGCAGGAACUGAGUACUGCGGUGGAGGGGCCGGGCCUGGCCUUUAUCGUCUACAGUGAAGGCAUCAAAAACAUGCCGCUGCCCCAGAUCUGGUCUGUUCUCUAUUUCUUCAUGUUGCUGCUCCUGGGGAUGGGCAGCAUGCUGGGCAACAUCACAGCCAUUGUCACGCCACUGCGGGACUUCAAGAUCAUAGCUCGCAUUCCUUGUGAGGUAUUCAGCGGUUUGGUGUGCGUGUUCUUCCUGUGUCUCGGUUUGGGCUUCACCACCCCGUCAGGAAAUUACUGGUUCACCAUGUUCAACGACUACGGAGCGAAUUUCUCCUUGCUCUUUGUGGUUCUUUUUGAGGUCAUCAUCGUCAGCUACAUCUACGGAAUCAAAAGGUUUGAGAAAGAUAUCGAGGACAUGCUGGGCCAUCGGCCCAACUGGUACUGGAAGGUCAUGUGGGUGGUGGUCAGCCCGCUUCUACUCAUCGCCCUCUUCAUCUUCUACAUCGUCCGCUACAUCCAGGGGGGGGCAGCAACGUACCCAGCGUGGGACAUGGAGACGGGGAAGAUGGUGACAACAGAGUAUCCCAUCUUCGGUCAAGUCUUCAUCGCCUUGCUGCUUGUAUCAGCGGUCAGCUGUGUUCCCAUCAUGGCGCUGUAUGAGCUCUACAAAAGGAGGAGGGUUGGCUACCAGAAGAGGCCUCAAACGAUCAGCACCAUCUCCACAUAACUCCACGCGCUGCACAAGACCUCCUGCCAGCACCAGCUGUCAUCCCACCCGUGGAGCAAAACAGCAGCUGUGUUUAGUUGUUAUAGAGUGGAGAAAUGCCAAAAACCACGCUGGAAAGUUCGCCAUCCCAGAAAAUGAAGAGGGCUAUUUUUUCUUUGAAGGAGAUGAUAUCUGACGGGAUCAGAGUAAUCUUUACUAGUUUUACAUAUUUUACUGAUGUUUUACAGUUUCAUCAACUCUUUUGUUUUUGCUGAAAAGUAUAUGCUUUUGUAAAGAGUAGUUGCUUAGUUCCGUUCCUGAACCUGCAGCAGGUUAGAUAAUGACAAAUAUGUUGCAGAAUAUGCAACCAAAACAGUGUAUAUAUUGUAGAUACAUAGACCGUCAUUCAUUAUAGAUAUGUUCAAAUCAUUUUAACUGGACUUAAAGAAGACUCUUGUUUGGAAUGUAUUUUACCAACACUGUGUAUAUGUACUUGACAUGUGUUGAAAUGUUUGUAACUCCUGUCCUGAUGUGUGUAUUCUGUGUCUCAUCUCAGAAUGUUAACAUGUAUGGUCGAAUAUUAUUUGUUAAUCCAACAA